CACGAACUAACACUCACCAUUCACGCAUUAUCGGCAACCUGUUGAUGAGUCUUCAGGUGAAAACAAUGGAUAAAGCAGCCACCGAGCGCGUCACGCAUUGCGCACUAUACACAUCGAGUACUCGGCUAGCAAACGAUAUACUCAACCACAUGGGCAUGGCUUCCAGCACACCCUCGCGCACCCCGCACAUCCAACUCCUAUGCGCGGAGGAGCGCUUCAGCUCAGCAUUCUUAGCUGCUUGCGAAAAACACAAGCUCCCCUCAUCCGUCCAAGUCUCAAUCCACGACUACUCGCUCUCGCAGCUGCCAUCCAACGUCAAGUUUGACACGAUCGUAUCGCCGGCCAACUCGUACGGGCGCCUCGAUGGCGCCUUUGACGACGCCAUCUCUCGCGCCCUCUCGCCCAAAGACGACUACCUGGCGCUCACGCACGUUGCGCAGGCUACGCUGUACCGCCAGUGGCGCGGGUUUGCGCCGCCCGGGACCUGCACUCUGGUACGCAUCCCGGACGAGUUCCAAGCGCGGAGCCGCAGCGGGAAGAGUUGGGGCACGAAACGCGUCGCGCUGUGCCCUACGAUGCGGAGGCCCAGUAACGUGACGUGGGAUCGCGAGGUGGUGUACGAGUGUGUCUGGAGCCUGCUGUGCGCGGUUGACAACCAUAACCGCAGUGUCAGGGAGGCUAAGGAGAAAGUGGAUAGAGAGGGAGAGGCAGUGAUAGAUGAGGAGAUUCAGAGCAUUCUUAUGACGCCGCUGGCCACCGGGGCCGGCGGCUUAAGCGCGGAGAUAUGGUCAAGCCAAGCCGUUCUGGCGCUGAAGCACUUUGUUGACGCAUCUGAGAAUCCUGAGAAAUGGAGCAGGCUUGAUUGGGUUGAUCUUGCGGUCAGCGCUGUCGAAGUUGAGACGACAUGGCGUGCUAAAGCAUGAGGAUAAAGCGUAACUGGAAAUAGUGAAAACUACAUUCUCCGAAAAGGGGACUACUAAUCGUACACCCCCUAAUUCCUAGACGUACA